CGUGAAGAUUCCCGCUUGACGGUCGGCUACCUUUGGCUCUCAGACGAGCACGGCUCGUAUCGGCAUUGCCAGUCCAAUUAACUGCCUGUGGCUAUGAUUGUGUACCCUUCUGUCUGAUUUCUUGCGGGCAUUGCAGCACCAUCCACCAUGGCGCCCGCCAAGGGGAGUAACCUUAAGCGAGGAUUGCCCCCUUCAGUCGGCGAAGAAGCGAGUGACCUGAAGAAGGUGCGGCGAUCUGAACGAUUGUCGUCACAGAAUGAUGAUCGCACGCCUGUUACGAAGGGUGCUCUCCCGUCGCCAUUGACGCACCAAGACUCGACCACGACCGAGGCUUAUGAUCACAGCAAGGAGGCAACAGCGACUCCCCCAAGCCAGACGGAUGUCAUUCCCAGCUCGCAGUACAUAUCACCCUCAAGGAGCACUGGCUUCAAUCGACUUUUUCAGUACAGUCCUCAGCACGACACACAGACGCAGCCCUUCUCGCAGUUCUUACCACCAUUAGCCCUCACUUACGAAGUCGAAGAUGAGGAGGCAGAGGGCGUCUGGGGUUACAUGGUGCCGAUCGACAGAAACGGCGGUGACCCGUUGGUCCUAAAACAUCGCGACGCCUGCCCAAAGACAGAGAUGUCGCUCCCUAGCAAGAAAGAAAAGAAAAAGGUACCUAAGAGUCAGUACACGAAGCAAGAAGACGAGUACGAGAAAAAGAAGGUCACUGGCCUUGCCUCGAGUGGAUAUCUGAUAGGCAGACAUCCUGAAUGCGACCGUAUCAUCGGAAGUCCCACAGUCAGUAAUAGACAUUGCCUGCUGUUCCCGGAAACGACGAGCGGCACUACCACAGCUAUCCUAGAAGACCUCUCUGGAAACGGCACGUUUGUCAACGACCAGCUCGUAGGUCGCAACAAGAGACGACAGUUGCAAGAUGGUGACGAGAUCAGCAUACUAGGCGAGGCCAGGUAUUGCUUCAGAUAUCCUCGCAACAGGGAGUCAAAUGGCUUCAGACAGCAAUAUACAAUCCAAGAACAGCUUGGAAAGGGUCACUUUGCCAGCGUUUACCUAUGCGUGGAGAAGAGUACGGGAAUGCGCUAUGCCGUCAAGAAAUUUGAAAAGAGAGCCGGGCCUGGUGAGCGCAGUAAAAUCGAGGGUCUUCAGCAAGAGAUCGCAGUGCUCAUGGGCGUAAGCCAUCCAAAUUUGUUGUGCUUGAAAGACACCUUUGAUGAAGAUGACGGUGUAUAUCUCGUUCUGGAACUUGCGCCCGAGGGCGAGUUGUUCAACUACAUUGUCAUGAAGCAAAAGCUUUCGGAAGCGGAGGCUCGGAAGGUAUUUGUCCAACUGUUUCAAGCUGUUAAAUAUCUUCACGAGCGAAACAUCGUUCACAGGGAUAUAAAACCGGAAAACAUUCUUUUGUGCGACAAGGAACUCACUGUAAAGCUUGCAGACUUUGGCUUAGCAAAGAUCAUCGGUGAGGAGUCUUUCACGACCACAUUAUGUGGAACACCUUCCUACGUGGCUCCAGAGAUUUUGCAAUCUUCAAAUCAUCGCCGAUAUACCCGAGCUGUUGAUAUAUGGUCUCUUGGAGUGGUUUUGUACAUAUGCCUCUGUGGCUUUCCUCCGUUCUCAGACGAACUAUACGACCCAGUUAAUAACCCAUAUACGCUCGCGCAACAGAUAUUGGGUGGACGCUUCGAUUAUCCUUCCCCGUACUGGGACAGCGUUGGUGACCCAGCACUUGAUCUCAUCGACCGCAUGCUCACCGUCGAUCCGGACAAGCGAAUUACCAUUGAUGGCUGUCUGGAGCACCCCUGGACAACGGGCCGCGAAAUCCCACCUACCCAGCUAAUGAAUAGCAUGGACAGCACGGACGGGCUUGUCGGACAACUUACGCAGCUUGACUUCAGUCGCCGCAAGCCCGUUCGUGAACGCACGUUGCUCAGCGCCAUCAACGACAUCACUGUUUCACGCGUCGUCGAUGCUGUGGAGGACCAAGAUGGAAAUACCCAGGCCCCCGUCAAAAUUUUCGAAAAGAACAAGGGCGGACAUGCGGGUCCUAGCGUGAUGUCGACUAAUGGUUUGGCUGCUGGCACUGGCGGUAAAACUCAGAAGAACGCGGUAGUAGCGAAAGAAGAGACUCCUGCACAUCACCGUAAUCCAGAUGAGUUCAUGGCAAUGGGCGGGAAGGGCGAUCAGGUCCUAUUUGCAGAGGAUGAAGGCAGUAACUAUGUCAGUCCGGAGAAGCUGAAGGAUGUAAAUCGGGCUGUUGCCGAAAAGGCAGGCACUCCUGCUGGUGGUCAGAAGAAAAAGGGAAAAAAAUAAUCGCAUCCUCGACGCGAUUGUCUUUAAGAGGAUGAUUCUAGUACAUUUUUCGUAUUAAAGAUGCGUUGGUGACCUAACUGCUUGGGGCUUUUCAUAAGGUCAGUGGCCUAGGCGCUCUUGGGAGACAAAAAUAUGGUAAACUUUUAAUGAUGUGUAGAUAACUCACGAUCAUGCGUGGGACACUCACUGGGACCAAAUUUAGGUAGUCUAGGUAGUGUAAUCGAAUACAAACCCGCCCAGGAACCUCUGGCUGUUUAAAA